AUGAUCAAUUCUACUUCUUAUCAGUUCUUACAACUAAAAUCAUGGAAUCCGAGUUCCAAUUGUUGCUCCUGGGAGCGUGUUAAUUGCGACGGAACCAAAACAGUCACGGAGCUCCACCUGCAUGGCUUAGUUGUUCCUCUUCCUGAUAUUGAUCCGGCUCCGGUACUUUCCAAUAUCUUGGCUCCUCUUUUUCAUAUUAGGUCACUCAAACUACUUGAUAUCUCCAACAAUUCAUUGCAUGGCGAAAUCUCCGGUGAUGGGUUUCUAAAUCUCACAGAAUUGAUUCACCUUGAAAUGCAUGACAACUCUUUCAAUGGCUCCAUCCCGAGCCAACUUUUUGGGUUGAGGAAUCUACGCUACUUGGACAUGGGCUACAACAUGCUCGAGGGGAAACUAGAACCUGAAAUAGGGUCUCUUCGAAAUUUGACUACACUAGUGUUAAAUGAUAAUCGUCUCCAUGGUUUCAUUCCUUCUCAGCUUUUCAAACUCGAUUCUCUUCAAGUUCUAGAUCUAAGUGUUAAUAAUCUGGAGGGGAAACUAGGACCCCAACUACGGUCUCUUGAAAAUUUGACUACACUAUGGUUAAACAUAAAUCGUUUCCAAGGUCCAAUUCCUUCUCAACUUUUCGAGCUCCAAUAUCUUCAGAAUCUUGAUCUAAGUGAUAAUAAUAUCACAGGGGUUCUAAGCCCUGAAGUUGGUAAGCUUCGAAAUCUUGAAACACUUGCAUUGAGGGCUGAUUUUCUUUAUGGAAAAAUCCCGCAAGAGAUUGGAAACUUAACCAAGUUAAGGGAAAUCUCCUUACAAAGAAAUCGUUUCUUCGGGGAAAUCCCAUCUUCAAUUGUAAACCUCAAGAAACUAGAAAUACUGGAUCUAUCUGAAAAUUAUUUCUCAGUGCAAAUUCCAAACUUCAUAGGUAGACUACAAAGCAUGACUGGAAUUGAUCUCAGCAAGAACCAAUUUGUUGGGCAUAUACCAUCUUCGAUGCAAAACUUGAGCAACUUAGAAAUUCUUCGUCUCCAUGACAACAUGCUUAUCGGAGAUAUCCCAACUUGGUUAUUCCAAAUCACAACUCUAAAGGCAUUGUUCCUUGGUGGAAAAAGAAGCAACCUGAUUUGGAAUAACAAAGCUAAGAUUAUUCCCAAAUGUAGUCUACAUCAUCUUUCUAUGGCUUAUUGUGGAAUUUCUAGUCAAAUUUUUGCAUGGCUUUCAUCCCAAAAAGAUUUGCAAUAUCUUGAUUUGACGGGAAACAAAUUGGAGGGGAGAUUACCAUAUUGGAUCUCUAAGAGCAAACUGCAAUUAAUAUAUCUAUCAGAUAACAAACUCAGCGGAUUAGUUCCACAUCAUCUAUUUGAAUCUGAAUAUUUAGUUACACUUCAAUUGUCUCGAAACAAUUUUUCAGGAGAGUUGCCAGAAAACAUAGGACAAAUUCCAUUGUCUAUCUUCAAGAGUGAUAGUCUAGAGCGUAUUAACUUGUCCAAAAACAGAUUAUCCAGCAUUAAUUUACCUCUUUCGGGAGAUAAUUCAACUUUAACUUCCCUUGAUUUAUCCUACAAUGAUUUAUCUGGUAAGAUCCCUACAAAUUUUCCUAAAGGAAUCCAGUUUCUUUAUUUAGGUGGGAAUAAGUUGUCUGGCAAUCUGCCUUGGACUUUGACUAAAUUGGUCAACCUCAGACUUCUUGAUCUUCAUGAAAACAAUAUCACAGGCAAUAUACAGAACACCCUUCCUCAAAUCACAACUCUUGAAGCCCUUAUCCUAAGAAACAAUUCCAUUGAAGGAUUUAUCCCAAGAAAUAUCUCCAACCUCCGGUCUCUUCGAAUUCUUGAUCUCUCGUGUAACAACCUAAUUGGAAGUAUUCCGCAAGAGAUGAUAAGCCUUCCAAGAAUGAUUGAAACUCAAAACAUCCCAACAUCCUUAGACCCUUCCCAUUCAAUUCAUCAGUCCACCUAUGACGAUCUUUUGCCUGGUGACUUAGUUGUGAACUGGAAGAAAUAUUUUCGUGGCCUAAGAGUUGACAAUCUUGAUAUCUACUCUUUGUUGGACUUGUCCGGUAACAGAAUAUCCGGCAAAAUCCCGCCGUCAUUAGGCAAUCUCAAAGCUCUAAAAGUGCUCAACAUUUCUCACAACAUGAUUUCUGGGCACAUUCCAGUGUCUUUUGGUGACCUAGAGAAUAUAGAAAGCUUGGAUUUGUCACACAAUCAAAUUUCAGGUUUGAUUCCUCAAUCACUAGUGAAGCUCGGCCAGCUUACAAUUCUAGAUCUAAGCAACAAUAGGCUAACAGGUAAGAUUCCUGUUGGUGGGCAAAUGGACACUAUGAAUGGUUUUGAAAACAACACCGAUUUAUGUGGUAUGCAGAUCAGGUUUACAUGUCCUCAAGAUAUACAACCGUCAGAAGGAAGUGAAGAUGAAGACGUCAAACAAUCAUGGUUUUUAUGGGAGGGAACUUGGAUUGGUUUCCCAGUUGGGUUCUUCUCAUCAAUCUUGAUCCUGGGCUAUUUUCUUGAUUUUCUUCGGCUGUUUAAGAUUUGGUGA